AUGCUUUUUUCAAUACUCGAAUUAUAUUCAGUACUAACAAUUGGAAGCUCUACUGAUCUUUUGGACUGGUUACAGACCUUAAGAUUGGAAAGCUAUCAUGAAAACUUUCAAGACAAUAAUAUAACAUUUCAAGAACUCAAAUUCAUAGAUUCAAGCAUACUAAAGGAUAUAGGUGUAGCAAAGAUUGGUGAUAGAUUGAAACUCGAGCUAGAGAUCAAGAAAUUCAAAGAUUCGCAAUCACUUUCAUUAAUAAAGGCUGAUGAGCUCUUCAGUCAGAUUACUGCCAAAAACCCAAAGAGAGCAAGCAGACACUCUGCAUUACUUUCCAAUAAUAACAGGUCUGAAUUUAGAUUGGAUCCACCUCCACAAAAGAAUGAAAAAUCGUUGGUAUCAUUUAUUCUACAAAACGGGAGUACUGUCAAGAUAAAUGUUAGUGGAUGUUUCAAUGCAACUUCAAUUAAAAAGAAAUUGAUCAAAUUCUUAGACUUCCCUAACAAAAAUCCAAGCUUCUAUGAUGUUUACCUUACAGAUGCAAUUGGUAACUUACAUCUAUUAUUUGACGUGGAACUAGUCACUAUUUGUCACUCAAAUGAUCGCAUAGAAAAAUCAAGAAUACUAUUUUGUCCAAAGAACGAAACUCCUUCACCAGAUGCAAUUGAAGUUUCCAAGAGAUACGUUUCAAAAGAACCUAAAAAAAUUGAAAAUAGUGAUUCAUAUGAACAACCAACAUCUCAAGAUAAACAAUUCAGAAGUAUAUUUGGACAAAGACCUUCAAGCCAACUUAUAUCUACAAAUAUUUCACAAUAUUUCCCUGAGGCAAAUCAAGAAAAACUACAAAAAACAAUACGAAACUCUGUCAGAUAUUCAAUCAGAAUGUCCACUUUUGGUGAUGCAAGAAAUUUGAAAUCAACUGUUGGUGAUGUGCUUGUUGGGAACACAAACCAAAUCGAUCGUGCAAGAUUUUCAACUAUUGGAACAAUGGAUUCAUUGAAUUUGAAAUCAAGUAUGGAUCAAGAAAAACAAAGAUUCUCCAUCGCAAGCUCCAUAACAUCUGAUAGAACUUCUAAAAUUGAAUUGUUUGAUGUGGAUUCUGAUAGUGAUGAAGAAGAGUUUGUUUCAAACACUUUGAACAAUGUUCAAUUAUCAUCAGGUCCAACAAAUUGGUUGAAAGGUGCCAGAAUUGGAUCAGGUAGUUUUGGUACUGUGUACCUAGGUAUGAAUGCUGUUACUGGUGAAUUGAUGGCCGUCAAACAAGUUGAAUUAAGGCCUUUGGCUGAUGAUUCUGGCAAUGAUGGUCAAGCAAGUAAUAAAGAAAAUAAUAAUCAAGUACACCAAAAGAUAAUUGAAGCUUUGCAGCAUGAGAUGACAUUGUUAAAAGAACUACAUCAUGAAAACAUUGUCACUUAUCUAGGCUCAAGCUCUGAUGAUGUUCAUGUGAAUAUUUUCUUAGAGUAUGUCCCUGGUGGAUCUUUGAGCUCUAUGCUUACAAACUAUGGUCCUUUUGAAGAACCUUUGAUUAGAAAUUUCACAAGACAAAUACUAAUAGGUGUCAAUUAUUUACACUCGAAAAACAUUAUACAUAGGGAUAUUAAAGGUGCAAAUAUCUUGAUUGAUAUUAAAGGUGAAGUUAAAAUAUCAGAUUUUGGUAUUUCCAAAAAAUUAACUUCAAACACCAACAUUUCCAAGAGGGCUUCAUUACAAGGUUCAGUUUAUUGGAUGGCUCCAGAAGUUGUCAAACAAAUAGCAACAACUGCAAAAGCAGACAUUUGGUCUGUGGGCUGUUUGAUAGUUGAAAUGUUUACUGGUAAACAUCCUUUCCCAAAUUUCAGUCAAAUGCAAGCCAUUUUCAAAAUUGGUACACAUAAUACACCGGAAAUACCAAAAUGGUGUACUCCUGAAGGUAGAGACUUUUUAGAACAGACAUUUAUACUGGAUUAUGAAAAAAGACCAGGUGCUGCUGAACUAUUGAACCACAGUUUUUUAAACUCUUUAUUGGUCGGUGGUAAAUAA